GUCCGAGAUGUUUGCUUUCUCUUGUGAAGCUUUGGCCAUGGCGGAUUGGAGUGUAUCUGGGUUGAGUUUCUUUGGUGAUAUAAUUGUUUUCGUUGUUAUUGUUCUAUAAGGGGGGUCUGUUGUUGCCUUGUUGGGAUCGGGGGGUUGGGAUUGAGGCUUAUAGGAGAGGGAUUAGGGAUGGUAGAAGGGAAGAGAAGGGUUUUCAAUAUGCGGGCGAUGUGUGGACGUGAGAUGGAGACGGAGCUUUCUCGGGAUGGAAGCCAUUACAGCCUCUCCAGUGGGGUUUUGCCUUCUCUUGGCGCCAGAAGCAAUCGCAGAGUCAAGCUCCGCAAGUUCAUCGUUUCCCCUUAUGAUCGCCGCUACAGGGCGUGGGAGACUUUUCUGAUUCUUUUGGUCAUCUAUUCUGCUUGGGUAUCUCCAUUUGAAUUUGGGUUUAUUGAGGAGCCAAAGGGAGCUCUUGCUGCUGCAGAUAAUGUUGUCAAUGGAUUCUUUGCAAUUGAUAUUAUCCUGACCUUCUUUGUGGCCUAUCUGGAUAGAACAACUUAUCUUCUCAUAGACAGCCCAAAACAGAUUGCUUGGAGGUACACUAGUAGCUGGUUUCUUUUGGAUAUUGCCUCGACGGUUCCAUCAGAGUUUGCUCGCAAGAUUCUGCCUUCAAAACUCAGGAACUAUGGAUUCUUUAAUAUGCUCCGGCUUUGGCGUCUUCGAAGAGUCAGCUCACUCUUUGCUCGAUUAGAGAAAGACAGGAAUUUUAACUACUUCUGGGUCAGAUGCGCCAAACUUGUUUGUGUGACCUUAUUUGCUGUUCACUGUGCUGGAUGCUUCUAUUAUCUUCUCGCAGCGAGGUAUCAUGAUCCUCAAAUGACAUGGAUUGGAGCUUCCAUGCCUGAUUUUCUUGAGAGAAGCUUGUGGAUUAGAUAUGUAACAUCAAUGUAUUGGUCAAUCACCACUCUUACAACUGUUGGCUAUGGAGAUUUGCAUGCUCAAAAUACAAGGGAGAUGAUUUUUGACAUUGUCUACAUGCUCUUUAAUCUUGGAUUGACGGCGUAUUUGAUCGGAAAUAUGACCAACUUGGUUGUUCACGGAACUAGCAGAACUAGGAAAUUUAGGGACACGAUUCAAGCUGCCUCAAGUUUUGCGCAAAGAAACCAACUCCCGAUUCGGCUGCAAGAUCAGAUGCUAGCACACUUGUGUUUAAAGUUUAGGACAGACUCAGAGGGUCUUCAACAGCAAGAGACUCUUGAUGCUCUUCCGAAAGCCAUUAGGUCCAGCAUCUCUCAUUACCUGUUUUAUUCUCUUGUGCUCAAGGUCUACUUGUUUAAGGGUGUAUCAAAUGAUCUACUCUUCCAACUUGUGUCUGAGAUGAAAGCCGAGUAUUUUCCUCCGAGGGAAGAUGUGAUUUUGCAGAAUGAAGCACCAACAGACUUCUAUAUUCUGGUGACAGGCAGUGUGGAUUUUAUUGAUCACAAGAAUGGAAUUGAGCAGGUUGUUCAUGAGGCGAGGACAGGUGACCUUAUUGGAGAGAUUGGGGUACUUUGCUAUAGGCCACAACUAUUUACAAUCCGAACCAAAAAAUUGUGCCAGUUGUUGCGGUUAAAUCGUACUACAUUCCUUAGUAUUGUUCAAUCAAAUGUUGGAGAUGGAACCAUAAUCAUGAACAAUCUUCUUCAGCAUUUGAAAGAUCAGAAGGACCCUAUAAUGGAAGGUGUCUUGAGAGAGACCGAAAACAUGCUUGCUCGGGGUCGGUUGGACUUACCUCUGACUCUAUGUUUUGCUGCAACUAGAGGAGAUGAUCUCUUGUUGAAUCAGCUUCUUAGACGCGGUUUAGAUCCUAAUGAAUCAGAUAACAAUGGGCGCACAGCACUGCAUAUAGCAUCUUCUAAAGGAAGUGAGAACUGUGUUCUUCUCCUGCUAGAUUAUGGGGCAGAUCCUAACAGCAAAGAUUCAGACGGUAGUGUUCCCUUGUGGGAAGCAAUACUUGGGAAGCACAAUGCGGUCAUGAGGUUACUGAUAGACAACGGUGCAAAUCUCUCAGCCGGUGACAUUGGCUUAUUUGCAUGCAUAUCUGCUGAGCAGAACAGCUUAGAGCUUCUCAAGAAUAUAGUUCGAUACGGAGGCAAUGUUACCAUUCCGAGGAAGGAUAGCACUACUGCUUUACACCUUGCGGUUUGCGAAGGGAAUGUACAAGUGGUCAAGUUCUUAUUAGAGCAAGGAGCCGACAUCGAUUGGCCAGACAUCGACGGUUGGACUCCCCGGACUCUGGCAGAUCAACAAGGCCAUGACGAAAUAAAAGCUCUAUUCGAAGCAGAGAAAUCAAGCAAUAACUAUGACUUCCCUGCAAGCAAUUCAUCUGCGGUCCACCACCGAUUAGUCGGAAAGUUCAAUAGCGAGCCUUCAAUCCGGCAUUCCUACUGUGAUAACACACCUCAAUCUGGAAAUUUUUCUGCAAUAAAAGACAAUCACCUGCACAAGACCAACAACUUCCACAAUUCUCUGUUCGGUAUCAUGUCAGCUGCACAUUCUAAUAACGAUGGAGCUGCGCUCUCAUCCAUGAUACCUUCGAGAUAUGCUAAUGUUACUAGUGUUUACCAUCGCAAUCCUGCACGUAUUGCUAUUUGCUGUCCAGAAAGAAGUGAUAUUGCCACAAAACUAGUUCUGUUGCCUGGAUCACUCAAAGAGUUACUCGAACUUGGUUCGAAAAAAUUUGGUGUUAUUCCUACCAAAGUUCUCUCAAAAGAUAAAGCGGAGAUUGAUGAUAUAAAUGUCAUUAGAGAUGGUGAUGAACUUCUUCUGGUUACUGAUGGAUGGAUCAUGGAUGACACAAUGCAAUGUCAAUAUGAUGUAAGAACUUCUUAAUCUUUGAUAGAUCGCCUUGUGAUCUUUUGAAGGUGUUCUUAAAUAAGCACAACAGAGAGCGAAUACUCAGAAUCACUGAAGCUAGUUCUUGUUGAAGGAUAGCAAAGAUCAAAGCUGGUGGUAACUAUCCUAACACUGUAAAAACUCUUAAAAAGAGUUUCUGUCUCAAUGCGUCAUGUUUGUAAUAUUCCUAUUCAAUUUUAAAACGGAAAGAAUCACUGACAAGAAUUUUUCUUUUUGCUUUUUUA